AAAAUGGUAAGAAAAAUUGAGAAAUUAACGAGAACACAAUUUAUGAUCUAUUUAUUCAAUUAUCAAUUUAUAAUAUAUCUUCUUAGAAUCAUUUAAGUAAAUUGAUUUUAAUUUUGAUGUUCACACGAUGGUAAGAAACGGAAAGGCAUCUGCAGUAAUAAUAACUGGCUUAGGUCUUGCUGCGGUAGGUUUUACUGGACGUUAUAUGCUUAGAAAAAUGCCAGCUUUGUCUCAAAGGAUGACAGAAGCUUUGAAAAAUAUGCCAAAAUUGGAUUCUCAAUCAUUAGCAAACAGCAAAUAUUAUAAAGGUGGUUUUGAAUCUAAAAUGACCAAGCGGGAAGCUAGUUUGAUAUUAGGAGUUCCACCUACUGCAAGUAAAGCAAAAGUAAAAGAAAAUUUUAAAAAAGUAAUGAGUGUAAAUCAUCCUGAUCGUGGUGGUUCUCCAUAUCUUGCAGCAAAAAUAAAUGAAGCUAAAGAUUUAUUAGAGAAAUAAUUUAAUAAUUAUUUAAUUAGAGUAGUAUAUAUAUCAAAUAAAUUUUCUUGUAUGAAAACAAAUUUCAGUGUACAUAGAAAUAUAAGCUGUAUAUUGCAAAUAAUUUAAUGUCUAAUAAAUAAAUUCUUUGUAUUGUACAUUCA